AUGGCUGGUACAAAACGCACCAAAGGAUCUUUUGACAACGAGGACUAUUUCGACAAUGGAUCCUCAUCCAAACGAGUGCGAUUUAAGAACCAACCACAACAACGACGAGGACAACGAGAAUCGUCAUCAUCCGAUGCAGCCGAAGAUUUCGAGUUUGAUCAUGAAGACGCACUCGAGCCAGUAAAAAAACGACGCGGUGCUGUCAAUACCGAAGAGCUUAGCGAUGACGAAGAAGUGGGUGGUGGUGCUUACAGCAGUGAUUCCGAUGGAGGCGAAGAUAGUGAUCAAGAAAAGAACAAAGGCAAAAAGGUAGCUGCGACAGCCGAGGACGACGAUUUUGACAUGUUUGCAGACACGGCACCGGCCGAGACACAACCCCAAAAGUCAAAAGGCAGCAAAGGAAAACGUCUAUUAGAGCUGGGUGAAAUUGAAGGACAAGAGUUAGAUUCACGCGACGUGAAUUCCGGUGAUGAAGAAGGCAACCAGGAGCCCAAAUUGACGGCGUUCAAUAUGCGGCAGGAAAUGGAAGAGGGCAGUUUCGAUCAACAAGGAAACUAUCAUAUCAACAAGACAGAUCCACAGGCAUAUCAUGAUCGGUGGAUGGAAGGCGUUUCACGCAAAGAUAUGGCCAUGGCUAAAGACGCCCAGGUGCGGCGAGAACAGGAAGAAGCGUUGAAAGAGGCAGAACGACAGGCCAACGUGCCACAGACCAAGACUGACGUAUAUCGCGAGCUGGUCAAGUAUUUGAAGCCAGGCGAAAAUGUGAAUCAAGCCAUUGGUAAACUGGGAGGUGGCAGUAGCUUAACGGCCAAGAUGCCCAAAUGGAAGCAAAAGCUGAUGGAAAAGAAGAACCGGAACAAGAAGCAGCAGCAGAAGCAGGGUUCAGAAGAAGAAGAGGCCGAACGGCAACGCAAGGUUAUGCGACUGACCGAGCUUGCAGACCAGAUGAUGGCGUUUGGGCAUUUUGGCGUUUAUGAAGAUACGUUUGAGGAGAUGGUGGUCCACUUGCGACGCGCUGGCGCUGUUCCUUCAAAUUGGAUGCCUGGAGACGACGACAACGACAACACCAGCAACCAACCUGUGUAA